CAAUGUCAUUUACUAAUGUAACAUUGACAAAUUUUGAAAUCUUUUAGGCACAAAAUGUUUGCGUCUGCAGGGAAAAGCGUCCACAUCUACGCUUUGGAGCGUGGUGGCUUGAAGAACAUGUCAAAGUACAUCCCCAAAACCAAUGAAUCCAUCAAGCAAAUUUCUUGGUGUCACGAUAAUAGUUACCUGGCAGUGUUACAGGAAAACGAAAGUCCUCAAAUCCUCUCCAUCAAAGACCCCAGCAAUCCGUGCUUAGUCCAUACAAUUUCACUCAUAGCUGAUAUUACGGCGUUACGGUUCAAGUCCAACACCAAAAGGAUUCUCGCUCUUGGCACUCGAUACGGAGAAGUUCUUCUGUACGAUACCAAAAACCGAUGUGUUACCAAGUCGCUUGGGCAGCUAUCUGCUGAGGUAACAAUGCUGGAAUUUUAUUCAGCGGAUGAGCUGCUGGUGAUUUGUAUCGACAACUUGGUGAUGUUCAAUCUAAUCAGUUCGGAAAAAGUGGAAUUUAGCAAUCCCCACACUUGCUCAGCGCUCAAAUGCUUGAAACCGACCAACGAUAUCGCUGUUGGCUGCUUAAAUGGGAUGGUGGUCAUUUGGGAUGGCGCGACCAAAUGCAAGAAGCAAACUUAUUGCUUGCAUUCAGCGGCUGUUACAGGAAUAGUUGCUUCGAACAGAGACAGGCUGCUGGUUACAACAGGAACAGACAACAAAAUGUGUGUUAUCGAUCGAAUUAGCGAUUUGUGCGUUUUCAGAAAAAUUUUGAACCAACCGAUCACUUCGCUGGACAUAAGCGGAAAUGAACAGUGUAUGGUAGCUGGCCUGAAAGAUGGGUCGAUUUACGUGUACCAAAUGUCCGAUCAUCUCAAGCCGCAAAUUUGCACCAGAAUGCACCCAACUGCAAUAACCCAAAUAUCUUUCAUCAAUGGGUUUUCCUUGGGACUGUUGGAAAGCGACAGCUUAUUAGAAGAGGAAAAUCAAUUCGAUCUCAUUGGGGCAGUGAAGGAGACACUCACAGAUGAUUUAUCCCUGAGCGUAACACCAGCCGAUUUGGAAAGCAAUGUCGAAAUCCAACCACUGCAGGCCAGUCAAGUUUCGCAUUUUUUACAACAUUGUCCCGAAGUGGAAGUGCCAGAAGAGAAGGUCAAACUGGACUUGAUACGGCUGAUUAAUUCCCACUUUAGCCACUUGGAGAAUCAGCUGAAUGACCAAUGUGGACGGCUGCACACUUUAGUGAGUAACGAGCUGGAUUCGCUCUAUGCGGUAGCAGCCAGAUGGGAGUGUUUCAAGAGCAUGGAGAUGGACGAUAUAGUGCGGUACAUCUACAGGAUUGUAACAUCCAAGAGUGAAACGAAGAUAGUGUCGCAGUAAUCUGAAGUUGUGUAAUUGCCAUAUAAUAAAUAAAACCUUGAGCAUCUAA